UGAGGUUUGUAUAGUUGGAAAUCUAUAUAGGAGUAUAUGAUUUGGUAAUUGCUAUUUCAGGCCCUUGUUGCUACAAGCCAAGUGACCCAUCAAAUAAUGACUGGAAACCCAGAUUUCUUCCCAAUCAAACCCAUUGAUUAUGGAAGGUUUUUGGUGAUAUCUAUAGGCACUGGAUCAGCAAAAGUGGAACAGAAAUAUAAUGCUAAAAUUGCAUCCAAAUGGGGUAUCUUGGGUUGGCUUCUUAAUGGAGGUUCAACUCCAAUUGUGGAUGUUUUUACUCAAGCCAGUGGUGAUAUGGUUGAUCUUCAUAUUUCUGUUGUUUUCCAAGCUCUUCAUUCUGAAGAAAAUUACCUUCGUAUUCAGGAUGACACAUUAACUGGAACAGACUCCUCUGUUGACAUAGCAACCAAAGAGAACAUGGACAAAUUGGUUAAAAUAGGGAAAACUUGAUUGAAGAAACCAAUUUCAAGGGUAAAUUUGCAAACAGGCCUAUCUCUGAACAAUGCAAAAAUGGUGGCACAAAUGAAGAAACU